CAUGCAAACAAUGAGGGCGUGUCUUUGGUGGAAGAGCUCCAAGCCCACAGAUGCAGUCAAUUCGAACUUCAGCUGCCCGCUGGUGUGUAAUGUGGUGUCGGUGACUUUUGUUGACAGAAGAUAAACAUUUACCAGGCAAAACAACGGAUUUCCCUCUUCUCACUCCUCUUCACACCAGGACUACUGGAUUAACAAUUCUUUAAAAAACGUUUGUCUUUAACUAAAACCAGGACACAAGACACUGAAGAAGCUCACAAGGGCCACAAGGUUUUAAUGCCCGUGGGUCUGCAUUUCGGCAAGGAUAAAGAACUGAAGAUCAUCUCUGCUUGUGGCUUUUGCAGCAUUGACAGACUAAGGAAAUUGCCGAGUAUCAUCCUGAGGGGGUUUAACCCCCCAUCAUCUCUCUACCAAAUGCCUCACUCUCUUCAUCGCCUCAUGGACCUUGAGACCUGUACAGGGCAGAGCUUCUGAUUGGACGUCUCAGCCAUCCGUCUCUGGGGACACAAUCGGCAGCAGGUGGGAGUUAUCAGCAGGUCUUCACCAUGCCAUGCUGAACGCCUUCGUCAGCCUUCCUCAUCGUCCCUCAUCAGCUACUCGAGAUGAGCAGCUCCUCAGGCUCCUGGCCUCUCCAGAUGGCCACGCUGGCUACCUUCCUCCUCCUCCUCCUGUUUCAUCAACCGCUCGCCUCAGCCUCGGCCUCCCCCUUCCCCAAGGACCUUGCGGCCCUCAAUGUGGUGGGCCCUGAGCAAUCCUACCUCUACCCAGGCUUCCAGGGUCUGUCUUCGGAUAAUGACACGGCGCGGCUGGGCCUGGACUUCCAGCGGAUGCUGCGCAUCAACCACAUGCUCUACAUCGCAGCCAGAGACCAUGUGUUUGCAGUGAACCUCACCACCACCGCAGAGCAGAUUGUCCCUCAGCAGCGGCUGACGUGGAGGUCGAAGGACGUGAAGAUGUGCACAGUGCGCGGGAGAAACAGCGACGAGUGCUAUAAUUACAUCAAAGUCUUGGUCCCCCGGAACGAUGAGACUUUGUUUGCAUGCGGCACCAAUGCCUUCAACCCCGGAUGCCGCAAUUACAAGAUGGACACUCUGGAGCAGGUUGGGGAGGAGCUGGUGGGCCAGGCCCGAUGCCCGUUUGAGUCCCACCAGUCCAACGUGGGCAUUUUCGCAGGGGGGAACUUCUACUCGGCCACCAUGACUGAUUUCCUGGCCAGCGACGCGGUCAUCUACCGCAGCCUGGGAGGAGAGGGAAGCCCGGUCCUUCGAACGGUCAAGUACGACUCCAAGUGGCUCCGAGAACCUCGUUUCCUCCACGCUAUCGAGUAUGGCAACUACGUUUACUUCUUCUUCAGUGAAAUUGCAGUGGAGUACACCUCCCUCGGCAAGGUGGUGUUCUCGCGUGUGGCGCGCGUGUGUAAGAACGACGCAGGCGGCUCAACGCGGGUGCUGGACCGCUACUGGACGUCCUUCCUGAAGGCACGGCUCAACUGCUCACUGCCCGGGGACUCCUUCUUCUACUUCGAUGUCAUGCAGUCUCUAAGCAACGUGCUGCAGAUUAACCACAGGCCAGCCGUCAUGGGCGUGUUCACGACACAGAUGAACAGCAUACCCGGCUCAGCUGUGUGUGCAUUCUACAUGGACGACAUUGAGAGGACCUUCAAUGGGAAGUUCAAGGAGCAGAAAACCAGCGAGUCAGCCUGGACACCAGUCCCCGAGGAACAGGUGCCCAAACCUAGGCCGGGCUCGUGUGCAGGAGAUGGCCCCGCGUCCGCCUACACCUCCUCUACCAGUUUCCCCGACGACAUACUGACCUUCAUCAAGUCCUACCCGCUGAUGGACGAGGCCGUGCCCUCCGUGGCCGAGCGCCCGCUCUUUGUCCGCUCCGCCAGCAGGUACAAGUUGACCCAGAUGGCUGUGGACACAUCUGCCGGGCCCUAUAAGAACCGCACCGUGAUGUUCUUAAGCUCCGAGGAUGGCCACGUUCUCAAGGUCUUGGCGAGCACCGACCCCAACUCCACCUCUGGUUCCACGCUGCUGGAGGAUAUCGAUGUGUACAACCCUUCCAAGUGUGAUGUCCAAGGGGAGGACAGAAGAGUUCUGGGGCUGGAGCUGGAUAAGGAGCACCAUGCCCUGUACGUGGCCUUCUCAACCUGUAUCAUCCGAGUCCCUCUGAGCCGCUGUAGUAACUACGGGACCUGUAAGAGGAGCUGCCUGGCCUCCCAGGACCCCUACUGUGUUUGGCUGAAGACGGAGAGCUGUGCCAGCGUGACACCGGGCUUUAAGGCUGGAUUUGAGCAGGACAUCGAGGGCGACUACUCAAAGUACCCUGACACCUGUCACAAUGUGUUGGCUACCACUCGGAAUCAGAACUCCGCAGCAGACUCAGCCUAUGGUGUCAAGGGAUCCCCAGAACUGGACAAGGCCAGCCACAGUGUCCACUACACCCUCCUGAUUGCCUGUGUCCUGGUCGCCUUUGUGCUUGGUGCCUUCCUGUCGGCCUUCAUGGUGUCCUGCUACUGCAGCCACAAUGCCCACCGCGCCCAGCAGCUGGACAAGGACCCGGAGACACCCCUCCCCCAUGCCCUCUCCCUACGCAGCCUGGCCAAGCUCAACGGCCUGCUGGACACUCAACCCAAGGAUGGCAAGAUGGACGUCUCCUCGCCCAAAGUCUACAACUCCUACAUCCCCAAUGGGAAGGAUCACUGCACUCCCAUCAGUCACAGCACCCCGGGGGCAGAGAGCCGGGACCUGAGCCUGCACCAGGGGGAGGACCUGUCGGGCCUCCCCACCCCAGACUCAACCCCUGAGCUGCCCAUCAAGAGCAUGAAGGGCUUCCGGAACCAGUGGGAGAGGAAUCAAAACUGCAACAAUGCCAAGGAGCCCAAUGUGGCGUCCCUGGGUAGCGCCGCCUCCAGGCCCUGCUCGGGGUUGACCCAGCAGGUGUACCCCUUCUCCCACAGCCUGCCCAACGGACAGGGCCUUGGGCUGUCCCUGCACCUGCCCGAGGAGAGGAAGAUCUCCAAUGACGAGCGCGCGGCCAUGGUGGGAGCUGGAGCUUCUGCCGCAGCCACCCCCUCACCGGCUCAGCCGUACUCCCUGGGUCCACAGUCGGUGGUGGACGUCUCCACCCUGGAUGAGCUCCUAAAGCACAUCCAGGAGGCGAGUGUCAGCGGGGCGGGUGGGGGCGGCAUUGCCGUGCUCACCUCCGCCCUCCUGCCCGGCUCGGCCAGCCCUGGCUUCUCGCUGCACCCCCAGAUCCCCGAGACGGAGACGGCGUCCUACUACAGCUCGUCCACGCUGCCCCGCGACGGGCUGACGCGGCGGCUGGACGUUCCCCCGGAGGCGCUCCUCUCUGGCUCCCACCCCCACCCCCACUCCCACCCACAUCUCCAGCAGCACCCACAGCAGCAGCUCCAGCAGCUGCAGCCCGUCCCGGAGCGGUCCGUGUCCCGGCAGCCGUCGCAUCGCCAGUCCCUGAUCCGCAUGGGCAGCGGCGGAGGGGGCGCCAUCCCUCGGCAGCGUAGCAGCAUGAGCCAGUGGCCGGCGCAGCAGCGGCUGGUGCGGGUGAGCUCGGGCUCAGGGAUGGGAGCGGGAGCAGGAGGCGGCGGUGGCGGCAUGGGGUACGAGAUCAGCGAGGUGAGCCGGCCGCUCAUCCCCGGCGCGGGCGGUGGAGGUGGCGGCACCUGCCUGACGCGGAAGCACAGCUACAGCGAGCCGCCUCACAUGCACCGCGCCGCCAUCGUGAGGCGCACAGCCUCGCUCAAGCCCCAGCUGCCGCCCAAACCCCUCCUGCUGCCCGCCUCCUCGCCCCUCAGCCAGCAGGGCAAGUUUAACUACUGAGCCCCUCCUGGACCGACCCCUCCUCCACUCUCCCUCCUCUCUGAGGAUGCACGAAGCUGUACCGAAAUGAACCUUUGACACGCGCUCCAGUGCAAUCCUCACACUGACUUAUCCUCUGUGACUCUUAGCCAUGCUUUGGCAGAGAGGAGAGACACUCUUUGUGUGAAGCACCUCUACCUGGUGGCAACAGGUCAUGACCAAGAUGGCUUUGCUCUAUGGAGGAGGAUCAAACCCUUGUCAGUGCUUAACCUACAACAGAAUGAAUGUUCUUGUACCAUAUUGGUAUUGGUUAUCAUUAUCACAGUCCACACCGAGGCUCACAGUAGGGACAGAAAGGGUCACAAAUCGAGAUGUCACGCAAGUCGUAAGUUGCGCUCACUGGUAGUCUCCCCCCUAGAGGCCCAGGAAUGUAAAACCACAGCCUUUGCAUCCCCCUUGUGCUUUGGUCUAAUGCCAAGAGGCAAAAGAGACCACGUUCAAAAUCUCUACACAGGCACUGUCACCGCUCUUACACCACGUUUACACACUGCAUAUGUGUACAGCGUAUGUGUGAGGAGCACAGUGCCAUCAGUCCACAGCAGCUGUGUAAGCGGUCUGGAGAAGACUCGGCUCUGCUCGUCGUCCCGCCCCAUAGAAUACAAGAAAUCCUGCAGUGCCCAUCCAGCCACAGACAGACUUCUUUGAUGGUAUUAAGCAAUAACCCAAUAACAGCCGGUGACCAACACACAUCUAAAACACCUCAAUACUUCAGUCGUGCCCCUUCGAGCAGAGCCCCUGUACGUUAAGCUUUUGCGUCACAACCAGAACAGUCUGGAUGGUGAUGUCAGCUGGACAGAGUGAGUCUUAACUAUGGUUGGUGUUUGUCACUGCAGACCCAGCUUUAGUCACUUGCAGUAGUGCACUGAUUGGAACACCACAGGUCAGGUUAAGAUGGCUUGAGAGAAGGAUAUACAGAUCCAAAGCUCAUGAAGACCUGGUUAGGAAGAAGACCCCAAUCCCCCCCAAAACUAUUGUAUCCCAUAAUUAUGUGCACCUUUGACUUAAGUUCCCUACAGUCAGCUUAUGUAGAGGUACCACAGUACCCCCUGGUGGACUAGAUCAGCAACACAACCCAGGAAGGCAACAUGCGUUUUUGCCUGUGUUACACCCCUAGUCAUUACUGUACCAUUGCUAUAUAUUUUGUGAACAAUAGUGUACAUAAAGAUACUGUGUAAUAACUACUAGCCAAACAUUUCUGUAUGUGUAAAUGUGUGCCUUAUUUAAUAUUAUGUAAUAUGGAAAAGGGCAAUGAGUAUGUGUUUGCAUAAUGGGCACUGCUAUGUUUUCUUAGUCCUCACCCCCUCAUUCCCAAGCAGUGUGUAAAGGCUGUUGUGUUAGCACUUUAUAUGACACCUUCUAGAAUAUUACGCCGGCAAAUAUGUGACCAACAUUGUAGGUGUAAGGUGUGAGCAUUCAGGGCAGGCUUGGUAUGAGUCAGAAUGCAUGAGUUUGAGUAUUGAGGUGUUCAAUGAAGUGAAACCACUGUUCAUUUUUAAAGUUUCAUUCUAUACAGUGUUGUCCUUCAUCUUAUUCCCAUUUAGUGUUUUAUGUUUUUUUGUUUGUAAAAAAAAAAAAUCCACUUAGUCACAAAGGCAACCAAUAGCAUGCACAGGGGUGUAGUCCACACUGGUAUUGAAAAAUGGUCAUAAAGUCGUCAUAUUAAAAAGA